AUGUCAUCGCAAAAAUUUGAGUCGUUGGAAGACGAUUUGUGCUCCAUUAUUGACAAUGCAAAAGUGACAGUUGAAAGGAAAAUAAAGAAUUAUUCUGGAGAGGAAAGAAAAAGUGCAGCCAGACAAGUUGAAAAUAAACUAGAAGAUGCCUAUCUCAUCUUACAAGAAAUGGAAGGUGAAGCCAAAGUUGCUCCUGUCAAUUACAGGACACAAAUGCUGGGAAGAAUCAGAAAUUAUAAGUCUGAUAUUGAAAGUAUAUCCAGAUCAUUAAAACAGAGGACAACUGGAGCCAGCAGCUCGGGUUCGAGAGGUUUCAAUACAGAAGACAGAAUGGAGGCAUCACAGCGCUCAAAACUACUUCAGGGACACCAAUCAUUACAAAGAACGUCUGACAGUAUAGCAAGAUCGCAGCAGAUAUCUGAAGAAACUGAUCAAAUAGGAGUGGAAAUUAUUGGAGAAUUGGGUGAACAGAGAGAGACAUUAGUUCGUACGCGAGAUAGACUUCAUGAAACAGACGGUAAUUUAGUUCGCAGCAGAAAAAUUUUAAAAGGAAUGGCAAGGAGAGUUAUGACAAAUAAAAUGAUUUUAAUUGUGAUUAUCCUAGUAGAAUUGGGCAUUGUAGGGGGAUUAGUGUAUUGGAAGUUUUUCUCGUGA